GGGUUGUCAUAUGAUUGGGUGCAAAAACCAGAUCUGAGACCCAUAUCAUAUAAUCUUUCCAGGAAACUUCAUGACACAUAUACAGAGCCACAGUUUCCACCCACAAACGUCUUCAAUAUCCCAGCAAUAAAAACGUUAUCGGGAAAAAAAAAAAAACAACAGAAAUUUUAUCUCGUAAAGAUUGCUGUGAGAUCCAUUAGCAAUACAGUUCUUGUGAUUUAUAUCGGCGGUGAGAAAAUGAGUGCCAAAGUGUCUGCGGCAAGGACACGUGUCGGGAAAUAUGAGAUGGGGAGAACCCUUGGUGAAGGCAGCUUCGCCAAGGUUAAGUUCGCCAAGAAUGUGGAGACCGGAGAGUUCGUAGCCAUUAAAAUUGUGGACCGUGAUCAUGUCCGCCGUCACAAGAUGGUGGAACAGAUAAAAAGAGAAAUAUCAACAAUGAAGUUGAUCAAGCAUCCAAAUGUUAUUAAAAUUAUUGAGGUUAUGGCUAGUAAAACAAAGAUCUAUAUCAUUCUCGAGUUUAUUGAUGGGGGUGAGCUCUUCGAUAAAAUUGCCAAGAAGGGAAGACUUAAAGAGGAUGAAGCCAGGAGAUACUUCCAGCAGCUCAUUAAUGCUGUAGACUACUGUCAUAGUAGAGGGGUCUACCACAGAGAUUUGAAGCCUGAGAAUCUUCUUCUGGACUCACAUGGUGUUCUUAAAAUUUCAGAUUUUGGUUUAAGUGCGUUUUCACAACAAGUUCGGGAAGAUGGACUACUUCACACUGCCUGUGGAACCCCAAAUUAUGUUGCUCCUGAGGUGCUCAAUAACAAAGGUUAUGAUGGAAGAACAUCUGAUGUUUGGUCUUGUGGAGUCAUUCUCUUUGUACUUAUGGCCGGAUUCUUGCCUUUUGAGGGGUCUAAUCUUGGAAUGUUGUAUAGAAAAAUAUCCAAGGCUGACUUCACUUGUCCAUCAUGGUUUUCAAAUGCCGCUAAGAAAUUUAUAAAGCGUAUUCUUGACCCAAACCCCGUUACAAGAAUAACUAUUCCUCAAAUUUUAAAGGAUGAAUGGUUUAUUAAGGGAUACAAACCACCGCAAUUUGAUAAGGAAGAGGACGUGAAUCUUGAUGAUGUAGAUGCUGUUUUUAAUGACUCCAAGGAACAUCUUGUAACAGAAAGGAAAGAGAAGCCUGUAUCAAUGAAUGCUUUCGAGCUAAUCUCCAGGGCACAGGGCUUCAGCCUUGAAAAUUUGUUUGAGAAGCAGACGGGUCUUGUGAAGCGAGAAACCCGAUUUUCUUCCCAGCGCCCUGCCAAUGAAAUCAUGUCUAAAAUAGAGGAAGCUGCAAAGCCUCUGGGCUUCAAUGUUCGCAAGGGAAACUAUAAGAUGAAGUUGCAAGGUGAUAAAAGUGGAAGGAAAGGCCAACUCUCUGUAGCGACAGAGGUGUUUGAAGUAGCUCCCUCCUUGCAUAUUGUUGAGGUUCGCAAAACUGGUGGUGACACAUUAGAGUUUCACAAGUUCUACAAAAAUUUUUCGACAGGACUGAAAGAUGUUGUUUGGAAAACUGAAGAAAAUACACAAGAAUUGAGAGCAGAAAAUAAAUAGAAAUCAAGUAGCUGAUUUUUGUGAGUAGUUUUGUCCCCCAAAUGUGUACAGCACAGAAGAGAUAAAAAAAUGUGUGGCGGUAUUCAGCAGAGUGAAGUGGCAUGAGCUUGAUUUCCCCUUCCAUGAAGCUAAUCUGUCUUAAAACACUUGAUUAGAUGGAAGAAAUUGUCAUAUUUAAUGCAAGAAAUUAUAAUUUUUAUUCA